AAAACCUUCUUUUUGCUUCUUCAACUUCAACUCUUCUUUGCUAAUAAGUACUCCAUUGUUAAACUUUCAAAUACCUAAAUAACAGAAGAGUGAGCAGCUAUGGGUGGAGAUACUACAACCCUUGAUUCCCCUCUCAUCUAUUCCACUGAAGAAUCAUCUCUUGAUCGAAACUUCCCUAAAAAUUCACUAAGCUCGCGAACUUUUCUCAGUGGUGGUGAUCAUUUUGGCUCAAAAGUGGAGAAUGGAAAAGCUGGACUAGGUUUUAUGGAUUCUGAGAAAUUGGUUCGAGCUUCUUCAGUUUCCAUGGAUGAGGUCAAUCGAAAGCGGGAAAGGAAUGUGUAUAUGGAUGUUCUCAAGAGCUAUGAUGAACUGCAACUUCAUAAAGACCGUUUGAAGGAAGCCAAAAGUAAAAUCUCGAGUUACACCCCUGGAUCAUGGAUUGAGGAGGUGGGUGGCGUGAAAAAGAGCGAUUAUAAUAUACCAAAAAAGAUGACACUCUUGUUGAUUGGUCCAAAAGCAUCUGGAAAAAGCAGUCUUGUUAACAAGAUCUCGAUGGCGCUUGAGGAUGAUCCUUUUACACCACAAAGGGCUCCAAUAUCGUAUUCUUCUGUUGGAGAUGGGACAUACUUUCUCCAAGAAUACACGAUACCAAGAGGUUCAAGUUCUUUUUGUUUGUAUGACACACGUAGUUUGUCUGAUGAUUUGACUGAAAAUAAGAAAAUGGUGAAGCAAUGGAUGACAAAGGGUGUUCGUCAUGGGGAGCUAAUAAAGAGGGAUUCUGAUGACGCAUAUCUGAAAUCUAAAAUGAAGUCUAAAGACCAAAAUAGUUCAUGUGCCAUUGAGGCCAAGGUGGUUAAUUUUGUCAUAUUCGUUGUCAGUGCGGUCUCAAUUUUUGAAUUGAUGGACAGUGAUGAUGAAACAAAGAGGCAAAAAGCCCAAGCUGUUGCUACAAUUUUCAAUGACCCUCUCUUGUCAUUCAAAGAUGACAAGCCUGUUGUCGUGCUCACACAAGGUGAUUUACUUUCUCUUUCUGAUCGUACGCGAAUCCGCAUGUAUUUGGGACAUCUGCUGGGUAUUCAUCCGAAGAAACAAAUUUUUGACAUCCCAGAAAGCGAUGAUUCAGGAACUAAGUUGACGAUAGUUAACAUGCUUCGUUACUGCCUCGAGCACGCUGAUAAAAACUUACCUUUCAAAGGCCCAUUUGGCAGCAAGGAUGUCUUGAAGAUUCUUGGAUCAUUUCUACUGGGAUUUGUGGUUCUAUCAAUACUUGCGGGAAUAGUGAUCAACCCGAGAAAUUUGCUAUCACAUGUGAACAUAGAUUGUCAUGCAAGUGGGGUUGAUUCUGUUGGCCGCAUUCACGAUGAAUCCCCCCAAUCAGAUGUAAACAUAGAUUGGGGUGCAAUCCGACACUUAUGGUCUGACUAAGUUUACUGAUGAACUUGGAUGUAUGGAAAUGGAUGCAUUUAUCUAUAGCUGUUACGUUACGAGAAUGCAUAACUUUUUAAAUGUAUAAACAGGGUAAGUUGUUUUGCUGUCCUUGUAUAUAGGAACUUUCAGCAUCAAUUCUCUUACUUGGAGGGAUGACAAUCUUUAGGAAAUCUUCGUAAAGUUGAUCAUGACGAGUGUGAAGUUACUGUGCUGUUUUACCAUUGUUGCACAUGUGACUAUUCAGCGUUAAUUCUCAGUUAGAGAAGGGACAUUCGUUUUGGCA